AUAAAUUUUGAUCAGCAGCUAUUGGGACUUUAGCCGUCUGUUGGCCGAAGUCGGUAAUUAACUUUCAAACGUUGAUGGGCAAACAAAUUGAUUUUCAACAACUUUUAAUUCACAUUAUUGAAGCUGGUUUUGACUAGUCGCAUUCAGUCUUCGUCCCCUUCUUUCCUGCUUUGACGCAGUUGAAAAUGAAAUGGGAGAGCGAGUGUGUGUUCUUGUGCCAACUUGUAUGUGGGAGAGAUCGAAGGAGGGAGAGAUUGAGUUAGCCGCAUGAAAUCAGGAGGAUGAGUGCAAAUUAGCUGCAAGAGACCAGAGCAAUCGUGUUAAAAUUUAAUGCAAUUAAUGUUUGUAUGGAAACUUGAACAACAUUUUUUUAGCUGUUGUUGUCGGAAAAGAGUUUUUCAUUCUUAAUGCUAUAGACGGAAAGUGAGAUGUAGAGAAAAAAGACAAAGAGCUCCCUCAGCGUUGUUGAGAAAUAGACUGGAACAGCAAUUUAAUAGUGAGAGGAGAAGAGAGUGAGGCAAAGAUGAAAUGACUGAAAAAGAGAGGCGUAAAGUGAGUCGAAAUAAAUGGAAGCGACUGCAUCGAGAAGUGUUUGAAACGAAAAAUUGUGCAAAGUGCAAAGUGUGUGUGUGUGUAUAUAGUUGAAGAGGUUGCAUAAGGAUCAUGAAACACGCAAAAACCAUCGAAAUAUGGUUUUUGUAUUGGCCGUAGAGUGUGGUAACUUUGAAAGAAAGAGCAUUAAGAUAUACGCAUUCUGGGGUACUGGGCAGCUGGCAUCUGCUCAAUUACAAUGAGCACUAUUGUAAAAAUGAUUAUACGGAGAUCAUGUUCAUUUGCAAACAGUGGAUUUGCAGCACCACAUUUGCUGUAUUAUAUUUUGGAUGCCACAAGCAAAUAAUGUUCCAGGCAAUCAACAAGAUUGGGUUAGGUCAGCUUCUCAUUCUUAGAAAAUAUGUUAUUUGCAAAAUUGAGUGUGUGUUUCAACUUUCUCUUUCAAAAACUCUCCAUAUAUGCACCGUACAGAGUUCAAAAUACAAAGCCAAUCAACUCAUAAAAUGGUAAUGCCAAUGGUUGAAUUGUCCAAAAUCGUUGCUCUUCGGUCGAAUUCGAAUAAUCUAAAUUGCUGAUAAUUUGCAUUAGGUCAGUUGUGUGUGUGUGUGUGUGUGAGUGUGUCUCGCAAAUUGUGUGCUCAGAUGCAAUGCAUAUUGAGUGGCAAAUUAAGUUACAUUGUUGUGUAGAUUAAUAGCAAGUUUGAAAGGCAGUCAUUUUGGUGCCGACACCAAAUUGCCACUAAAACCAGAUCAUAUAUGUUUCAUAUGUCUUGAGAGUCUCAUGCCGAUUACGAUCAUGCCGAUAUACAUCAAGCCAAAAAACCAACAAAAAAAAUACCAUUCAACCGUAGCAUUUUAUUCCGGAAUUUUCAGUUCAAUUUGCGCACGACAGCAAUGAAUGUGAAUUCAAGAUCGACGUCUGUACAUACAUUGAGAAGCAACUUAGAAAUCGGUCGAAAUUCCCGCAAAAUGAAUGUACAAAAGAAGAGGCGAACCAGAAGAGAAAAAAACACUCAUACUGAAAUGCAUCAAUUUAUUGAAUGGCAAAAAUGAAAAAUUUAAUUAUUUUUUCAUUAUAACUUUGUGUUCUGGGCAUAUGUGUGUGUGUGUGUGUGUGUGUGUGUGUGUGUGUGUGUGUGCGAUUUUUUUCUCGUUGCGAGAAUGCAAAUUCGAAUUCAAUUCGAUGCAAUCGAUCGAAGUUUUCCAACUGAAAAUUUGAUUGAAGUUUGAAAUGAAUUUUCAAUUUGAUUUAAUUUCAUCGUCGUCGUCGUCGUCAAUAUGUGUAUAUAAAGUACUCAAGUGCUUCGCUUCUCUGACUCUGAACACACUCGGUGUGUACGUUCCGUUUGUUUUAUGACGGAACAAAUUCUAAUUUGUUUAGAAGCAAACCAAUUUCAAUGAUUCUCGAAGAUUCUAAGAAAUUUCAGGCAUUCAAUUCAACUCGAAGAAAGAGCAACAACACCAUCUGAAUUUUGCAACCAAAAUGCUAAACCAAAGGAAAAACUAUUGCAUUUCUAUCUAGACAGUUUCAAUGUGAACUUCACAUUGUGAAGUGCACUUCAAUUAGCAAAAUGCUGCUGCAAUUCAUUAAAUUGUUGAAUGAACAUGAAUAGCCCGAGUUUAUGGCUUCAUUUAUAUGUGAUGCGAUUUCUAAAAGUAUAACAUGGUUGUGUGGACUUUGUGUGCGGUCGGUGUGUUUAUUUCUGUGUGAAAUGUCAUCCGAUAUGUUUCUUUCUUUCAACGAUGUUUUCUUUUCAUAAGACAGCUUUACGUAGUGCGAGUAAAAAGGAUGAAUAGAACCGCACUCUUCUCGGUUUGAUAAUCAAAAAUGCGCUCGACUCGACGCAAACACAAAGGCAUCGAGAUGUGAUUAACAGAAUGUUUGUAAGCAAUAUCGACCAUCGAUUAGAUCUCCAUCUCUCUCUAUCUUUUGCUCAAUAUUCGUCAGUUUGUGAUUGUUUGUGUACGAACUGAGUCGCUCAGUCUGACUAUAAACCGUUUGCUUCAGUUUAUAUAAAUUGAUGUAUGCGUCUCUCUCUCUCUCUCUCUCUCUCUCUCUCUCUCUCGGUGUGUGCGAGAAUUUCGGCCAUUUCAGCAAAUACUGUCACUAUUUGAGGCUCUUGCUUGCGGUUUUGAUGUUGUUCAUAUUGUGCACGCUGUUGAAACUCCAGCAUAAUCAACUCACAUUCAAAUCCAAACCGAGUUUUUUGAGUUGUCACAUUUCAAGAAGCCAUUUGAUUACAAACAGUCACAGACAGCAAAGUGUUGAACACAUCCCGUGCACGUGUCGACCGAGUUAAUGUCUUUUCAUUUCGACGGAAUUUAGUUCAUUCUUUCGCAUUUUGCCGUUUAAUUAAAUUUAAUCAAGACGAAGGAACUUGUUUCGGAAAAAUAGAACUCGAAUAUUGAGGAAAUUUUUUUUUUAAUUUUUAUGAAAAAGAAAAUUGAACAAUAAGGCAAAACGAAGUGAAGUCCAAGAGGAAAAAAGAAGGAAGAAAAGUAGAGAAAGAGAGAGAAGACACAAUUGAUACCGGACGAAAAUCGUAGCAUAUUCCUGGGGAAAAAACAACCAGAAAGAAGCAGGUAGAGUCAAAUAUCCAGAAGAAAGGUAAAAAACGAGCUGAAAUUGGUGUAAUUUCUUGUGAAAAUGUCGGACGAGCAACAGUAUGCGGAAUUGAAGAAAGUGUUGCGCGCUACACUGAUAUCGAUUAAACGGGACGGUGUUUCAUUGCGUAGUUUGCAGCAAAUUUAUCAAGAACGCGAAGGCAGAAGAAUACCAUUGCUUGGGCAUGCCGACGUACGUGGCCUGCUCGAAUCGAUGACCGACACAGUGUACAUGGAAUGGGACGGAGUUCAGAUGCUGGUUUAUCCCGUCGAUACGGAAAAUACGCGGCACAUUUCGGAACUGGUGGCCGGGCAACAUGUGAACCGAUCACGUGGUGGUCGCAAACCGGCAAGCCGACGUGCACCGCAUGUCAGUGACUUUGGAUGGGAUUCGGAUCGUAAAAAAACGUCGAGUGUACCACGUUUUGAUUCAAAACCACGACGAUUCGAUGCAAAUGCUUCACGUAAACCGAGUGCAAGCCAAUACUCGUACACCAGUUCAUAUCAAAAAUAUGCGGACUCUUACGUGACACCACGAACCACUCGAGAUGAUGAAAUUUGCCAAUUUAAUGACGACCUUUCAAAUGAAUACACGCACACGAAUGGGACGUCAAAGACCAAAACAAUCAACGAUUAUCGCAAACAAUACGCCGACAAUGGCAGCGACCGAACAUUUAACAGCUACGGCAAAACUAUCGAAUCGGUCGACAAACAUGCCAACGAAAAUGGACACGAUGGAUUGGAUGGCAGCAGCACUGGCAUUGAUAUUAACUGUACACUCUUGCUAUUCGAUGAACAUUGUAUUGAAUUUGACAAUUUGCCACGCAUCAAAUUCAACCAACACUUUGAAACUGGCCGAAAAAUGCGCGUCUUUAUCGCGCAAAUUCAUAGCCCGUACAAGUUUUGGUUUCAACUCAAAGACGAUGGCGAGAAUAUCGAAUCACUCAUGAAUGCACUAGAACAUUUCUACCACAGCGAUGACAAUAUGAUUAGCAAGGCACCCAUACCAGAAAGCUAUCUUACGUUGGGCCGAAUCUGUGCAGCAAUGUACGAUACCCAAUGGCAUCGAGCCGAAAUUAUUGAAGUGUUGGACAUUUCACUGAAGGUGCUCUAUGUUGACUAUGGUACGGUUGGUGAGGUAGAAAAAAAAGCCGUUCGAUUCUUGCAUAAGCGAUUCUCGCAGGAUCCAAUUUAUGCACAUCGAGGUUGUCUAGACAAGUGCAAACCGAACGAUGGUAUUUGGACACUAAAAGCAAUGGAAGCAUUUACACAGCGUUUAAUUGAGUUCUUCACUCUUCCGAUCAUGGCCAAAGUGAUGAACGUCAAUGUCGAGGAAAAAACGUCAUACUUGGAUCUGAUUGACACGACUGGUGUAAUCGAUCGAAGCAUCAGCGAUUGGUUGAUUGAAAAUAAUUUUGCGUAUCCAACCAAAAAACUGUUGUUGGAUUUCACGAAGCGCCACUAUAACGAGGUGUAUCCAUCAUUUGAGCGGUUAGAGACGGGCAGAUAUCCAUCGUUCCAGGAAAUAAAGCGAAUGCUCGACGAAGGUUUUGACUUCUUGGAUUAUGAAGAUUCAAUCAUCAUUCCCGAGAUGUAUGGCUAUGAAACAAUUGAGUGAUUUGCCGUCUGUGUCUCAAAACACACUACACUUAUCCUCUCAAAUGCUAACCAUUUAUUACUUUUUGUUUAUGACAACAAAUAAAAUCAGACACAAUAACGAUACAAACAUAAAGUAACACAUGACAAAUGUCAAUAACAACAACUCGAAACAAAAACAAUGUAAAUCGAAAUGAAAUCGACGAAGAAAAAAAAUGAACAUUUUAGACGAACUAAAUUUAGUUACAAUUAAAAAUAAGAAGAAGAAAAAACACAAUGUUCGAACGACAAAAAUAGUUUGUUAUCAAAACAAGCGCAAUUUCAAUGAAUUUCAUAGUAAUUGUGAACCAUGUAAACUAUAUUGACGGAUGUCAUGAAACUAAGAUGCAAAUCCAUUAAAGAUUUGAUAUCUUGAAACAAUAAA